GAGUAAAUGGACUGGUAUGGAAAGGACUGAAGCAGUGAGAAUGGAAGCCACACAGAUUAAUAUGUCCCGUGUCCCGCUGGUUAACGGAGGCAUCGACACCGCACUCAAAGCACACAAACCCCGUGUGAUGUCCAAAAGCGGUCACAGCAAUGUGCGGAUAGACAAAGUUGAUGGCAUUUACCUACUCUACCUUCAAGAUUUGUGGACUACAGUUAUAGACAUGAAGUGGAGGUACAAACUCACCUUAUUUGCUGCUACUUUUGUUAUGACCUGGUUCCUUUUUGGAGUUAUCUACUAUGCCAUUGCAUUCCUUCAUGGCGAUUUAGAAAUAAACAAGUUCACCCCAAAGAGGGAGCCAUGUGUCAAGAACGUAGACUCUCUUACGGGGGCAUUCCUCUUCUCUCUAGAGUCACAGACGACCAUUGGCUAUGGAUUUCGUUUCAUUACAGAGGAAUGUCCACAUGCCAUUUUCUUGCUUGUGGCCCAACUGGUCAUCACCACCUUGAUUGAAAUCUUCAUUACAGGUACCUUUCUGGCCAAAAUUGCAAGACCUAAAAAAAGGGCAGAGACUAUUAAGUUCAGCCACUGUGCAGUCAUUACUAAACACAAUGGAGAACUUUGCCUGGUGAUCAGAGUAGCAAAUAUGAGGAAGAGCCUUCUGAUACAGUGUCAGCUGUCUGGGAAGCUUCUUCAGACAUAUGAAACCAAAGAAGGGGAGAGAAUCCUGCUGAAUCAAGCCAGUGUCAAGUUCAAUGUUGACUCCUCUUCAGAAAGUCCAUUUCUCAUUCUGCCUUUAACUUUCUACCAUAUUUUGGAUGAAAGCAGCCCUUUAAGAGAUCUCACACCUCAAAAUCUCAAGGAGAAGGACUUUGAGCUUGUGGUGCUCCUGAAUGCCACAGUGGAGUCCACCAGCGCCGUCUGUCAAAGUAGAACUUCCUACAUCCCGGAGGAGAUCCACUGGGGUUACGAAUUCGUGCCUGUGGUUUCCCUCUCUCCAAAUGGAAAGUAUGUUGCAGAUUUCAGUCAGUUUGAGAAGAUUAGGAGAAGCACAGAUUCUUCUUUUUAUAGUAUGGACUCUGAAAAACAAAAAUUAGAGGAGAAAUACAGGCAGGAGGAUCAAAGAGAGAGGGAACUGAGAACAAUGUUGUUACAGCAGAGUAAUGUUUGAUUGAGUGGACAAACUAUCCUGAUUAAUCCUUUCUGCAAACUGAGAAAACAUUCUUUCUGUGCUGUAUGUCUGUUAUAAAGCCAGCAAUGAAGUCCUUUUCAGAAAAUAGCUUUGGUGUAGAGUAAACCUAUCCCUUUGUUUGGAUGAGUUGUUAAUCAAGUAUUUUGUAAUUAGGUGGGAUUUCUUUGUUCAUGAUCUUGACUUAGCGAAGUUGGAUUUGUAUUAAGUCUCUGCUUUAUACCACCACUAAAAGCAGACACAUCACUUUCUGUUUGGAAAGUGAAACUGGAUGCACUGUGCUGAUUCCUACAAAUAUUUAUUUGACUUGGUUUUACUGUGAAUGCAUUCACAGUGACGGCACACCGUACGGCUAAAAGAAAAUAUGCUCUGUUAAAAUAUGUAUAUUUAAAAUAUGUAUAUUCUCGUACCAGUUAUUACCUUUGUGGAAAUUUCUGGCAUGGAAAAUAAGUUGAUUGGAGAGACAAACUGUUAACUGUGGGAAAAGCCUGCAGGGAAGUGAUAAACUCCUUCUGAAAUCUUAAAGGAAGGUGACAUAGUAGUUGUGCUGGGUGGUGGGGAAGGGAGCUCUCCCUCUGUUUCUGCUACACACAACCUGUUUUUUGAUCGCUCACUUUUUAAAACCUUGUUAAUGGCUGAUUUAUGUAUAAUAGCAAAAAAAGGGGAGAUGAGGGCAAGCUACACAAAAUCAUAACAGUAAUCAACUAAGGUUAAAGCUGACUUUGAGACACCUGUUUUUUAUUCAAUGUAAAUAGUUUAUAACAGCAGCAUAACAAUACAUUUCUACAGAUUGCUUGCUUUGCUAUAGACCAUAUUUAAUUUGGUUAAAAGAAAGCUGUAUAAUGUCUGUAGACAAUAUUUACUUUUUUCUGGCAACCAUAAAGGACAAGCAUUCCUUUCAUCCAUUUCAUUUUUGGUCUAUUAAAACCAUUCCAUUAAUAAAGGAAUUUAAUUUGAACA